AUGGCCCCGGAGACCUCCUUGGCGUGGCGCGAAGGCGACAUAGAGAAGGACCGCUCGACCAGGCGAGAACGACUUGCUACUGCCCGUCGGUCUGUGUCUCGGAGGCGCUCCCGCUCGUCGAGUCGGAACCGUAGGACCAUUGAUCCAGCCGCGGCGAUCCCGAUCCAGUACCGCAGCCUCUCCCAGGACAUUGAUGAAGCCGAGAGAGAUCAGCAGAUAAAUCGAGACAAGGCCAAGGAUGCCAUUGUGUUAAAGUUUGAGACCAUCGACUGGCAUAAGAGGACGCUUGAAGAUAUUCAGAAGCGGCUGGAGGUCGACCCAGCUAGUGGCAUCUCAGCACGCGAGGCUGAUACCCGCUUGACGAAACAUGGCAAGAACAAGAUCUCACCGCUGCCCAACCCCUGGUUCUGGAAGGUCGUCGGAUACUUCUUCAAAGGCUUUGGUGGCAUGCUCUGCGUCGGUGGUAUCCUGGUUUUUAUAUCAUGGAAGCCUCUCGGAGACCCACCACAGGUUGCCAACCUGGCAUUGGGUAUCGUCUUGAUCGCUGUCUUCGUCAUCCAGGCGGCAUUCAAUGGAUGGCAAGAUUAUUCUUCGUCUCGGGUCAUGCACUCCAUUACCGCCAUGUUGCCGGAGUCGUGCCACGUUGUCCGAGACGGCGUGCAAGUUGAACUUUCAGCUACGGACAUUGUCCCGGGCGACAUCCUCCUUCUCAAGGCCGGCAACAGGAUCCCUGCAGAUGUUCGCUUUAUCGAAGUCUCUCACGACAUGUCAACCGACCGAGCUGUCCUAACUGGUAUGAUGACGUUCUACUUCAACGGCACUAAGAAGAAAGAGAUUCUCCGAUUCGUUCUCUUGAUCUUUGCCAUCAUGGUCACCUGGAUCGUGGUAUUAGCCGCUGUCUGGGGAGGAUGGCUACGCAAAGAGCACCCUGGUUGGAUCUCUGUCCCCGCCCUCAUUGUCAGCUGCGUCAGCGUCGCUAUCGCCUACAUUCCAGAAGGGCUUCCCAUUGCCGUCACCGCCAGCUUGACAAUCACUGCGAAUCUGAUGAAGAAGAACAAGAUCCUGUGCAAGUCGCUCAAAACAGUCGAAACCCUUGGUGCCGUGUCGGUCGUCUGCUCUGAUAAGACGGGAACGUUAACAAGUAACCGAAUGUCUGUCGCCGAUUGCGCGCUGAACACGACUACCUUCACACCUGAAUCGGCCAAGGACGAAGUGGCCCUGAAGAGAAAUUCUGGCCUUGAGCAGCUGCGGGCAGUGGCAGGUCUUUGCAAUGCCGCCAGCUUUGACGCAGAGACACUGUCCCGCCCACUGGCAGAGCGACGCAUUUUCGGCGACGCCACUGACCAGGCGUCUCUGAGAUUCGCGGAAGGUCUCGGCCCAGUUUCAGAUCUGAACAAGGCUUGGAAGUCGAUUUUUGAGCUCGCGUUUGACAGCAAGAACAAGUUCAUGGCGAAGGCCUUCACGUUGUCCACGUCCAACGGCCUCGGAAUAUCGCUCUCUUCCUCGGAGGCCACCAACUUCAAGUCCACCAGCACACUUUUGACUGCCAAGGGCGCCCCUGAUGUUCUUCUCGAAAGAUGCUCGCACAUUGUCAGCGCGGACGGCCAGGUCGUGCCCAUGACGGAAAAGAUGAAUGCCGACAUCAAGCAGCUGAAGGACAAGUGGUCGUCGGAGGGCAAGCGCGUCAUUCUUCUCGCUCGUAAAGUCCUUAACGCGGAUAUCAUCAUGCCUAGCGCCUCCUGGGAGAAGGAAGAGCUCAUGUUGGGAGAGCUUAAGGCUGAUCUGACCCUGGUGGGACUGCUGGCCUUGAUCGAUCCUCCUCGACCUGAGAUCCCAGAUGUCAUGCAGACCUUGCGCGGCGCCGGGAUCCGUACUUUUAUGGUCACUGGCGACUUUGGCCUUACGGCGCUGGCAAUCGCUCGGCAGUGUGCCAUGGUAACCUCAGCGACUAUACAUGACAGCUCUGCGCUCGCUCGGUUCCCGACAAAAUCGACGGACGAAAAGCAGUCCCAGAACUCUCCGGAUGCUGCGUUGGUCCUUACCGGAAGCGACCUCAUGAAACUCAACGGCCAUCAGUGGGAGCAAGUUUGCUCGUAUCCCGAAAUAGUCUUCUCUCGCACGACUCCCGACCAGAAGCUCCGGAUUGUUCGUGAGUUCCAGGCUCGCGAUCAGGUUGUGGGUAUGACGGGAGAUGGCGUCAAUGACGCGCCGGCACUUAAAGCCGCGGAUAUCGGCAUCAGCCUUGCCAGCGGCUCCGACAUUGCCAUCGAGGCGGCCGACAUGGUCCUCCUGGACUCAUUUGCUGCUAUUGUGGAAGCUGUCCGCUAUGGACGACUCGUCUUCGAUAACCUGAAGAAGAUCAUUGCCUAUCUCCUGCCGGCUGGCUCAUGGUCCGAGUUCUGGCCGGUCUUUACCAAUGUCAUCUUUGGCCUACCGCAGAUCUUGUCGUCAUUUCUCAUGAUCAUCAUUUGCUGCUUUACUGACUGCAUCGGUGCCGUUGUGCUCGCGUACGAGAAACCAGAAGCGGACCUGCUUCUCCGGGCCCCUCGCAACCUCAAAACGACGAAGCUGGUCAACUGGCAACUUAUGUUUCACGCGUAUGCGCUUGUAGGAAUGAUCGAGUCGCUCUUGUCUUUCACUAUGGCAUAUUGGUAUCUUGAGCGGACAGGAAUUCACUUCGGUGACCUCUGGUUCAAAUUCGGCGAGAUUCCUGCCAGCGUCGAUCCCGACUACUACUACGCUCGUCUUAACGAGGCCAGUUCCAUCUACUUCAUCAACUUGGUUGUCAUGCAAUGGUUCAACCUAAUGGCGGUCCGAACUCGACACCUGUCCAUCUUCCAGCACCCUCCCGCGUUUAACAAAGCGACACAGAACCUUCUUCUGUUUCCGGCCAUAGUACUCACGCUGGGCAUUGCCGUCAUCUGGCUCUAUGUGCCCAAGCUCCAGGAGGUUCUCGGCACAUCGGGCGUUCCUGCUGAGCACUAUUUCCUCCCUGGUGCUCUGGGUCUGGGCCUACUUUGCCUCGAUGAGGGUCGAAAGGCCUGUGUUCGUCGUUGGCCCAACGGGAUACUUGCGAAGAUGGCAUGGUAG